CCAGCGCGGCCGAGCUGAAGGUCUUCAAGUCCGGCAGCAUGGACAGCCGCGUCCCCGGCGGGCCGCCCACCUCCAACCUGCGCAAACAGAAGUCCCUCACCAAUCUUUCGUUCCUCACCGAUUCCGAGAAGAAGCUGCAGCUCUACGAGCCCGAGUGGAGCGACGACAUGGCCAAGGCGCCCAAGGGUUUGAGCAAGAUGGGGUGCAAGGGCCGCGAGGCGCCGCUCAUGUCCAAGACCCUGUCCAAGUCCGAGCACUCGCUCUUCCAGGCCAAGGCUGGCCCGGCGGGCGGCGCCAAGACGCCCCUGGCCCCGCUGGCGCCCAGCCUGGGGAAACCCAGCCGCAUCCCGCGGGGACCUUACGCCGAGGUCAAGCCGCUCAGCAAGGCGCCCGAGGCGGCCGUGAGCGACGAUGGCAAAUCCGACGACGAGCUGCUCUCCAGCAAGGCCAAGGCGCAGAAGGGCUCUGGCGGGCCCGUGCCCUCCGCCAAGGGGCAGGAGGAGCGGGCCUUCCUCAAGGUGGACCCUGAGCUAGUGGUCACCGUGCUGGGCGACCUGGAGCAGCUGCUCUUCAGCCAGAUGCUGGAUCCAGAAUCCCAGAGGAAGAGGACAGUGCAGAAUGUCCUGGAUCUUCGACAGAACCUGGAAGAGACCAUGUCCAGCCUGCGAGGCUCCCAGGUGGCUCACAGCUCCCUGGAGAUGACCUGUUAUGACAGCGAUGAUGCCAAUCCUCGCAGUGUGUCCAGCCUCUCCAACCGCUCCUCUCCUCUCUCUUGGCGCUAUGGUCAGUCCAGCCCGCGGCUGCAGGCUGGCGAUGCACCCUCGGUGGGCGGGAGCUGCCGCUCCGAGGGCCCGCCCGCCUGGUACAUGCAUGGGGAGCGUGCCCACUACUCGCACACCAUGCCCAUGCGCAGCCCCAGCAAGCUCAGCCACAUCUCCCGCCUGGAGCUGGUCGAGUCCCUGGACUCCGAUGAGGUGGACCUCAAGUCUGGCUACAUGAGCGACAGUGACCUCAUGGGCAAGACCAUGACGGAGGACGAUGACAUCACGACUGGCUGGGACGAGAGCAGCUCCCUCAGCAGUGGGCUCAGUGAUGCUUCGGACAACCUCAGCUCAGAGGAGUUCAAUGCCAGCUCCUCACUCAACUCCCUCCCAACGACUCCCACUGCUUCUCGCAGGAACUCCACAGUAGUGCUGCGCACAGACUCAGAGAAACGCUCUCUGGCAGAAAGUGGGCUGAGCUGGUUUAGUGAAUCAGAGGAGAAAACCCCGAAAAAACUGGAGUACGACAGUGGCAGCCUGAAGAUGGAGCCUGGGACUUCUAAGUGGCGGAGGGAGCGGCCUGAGAGCUGCGACGACUCGUCCAAGGGUGGAGAGCUGAAGAAGCCCAUCAGCCUGGGACAUCCGGGGUCCCUGAAGAAGGGCAAGACCCCACCAGUGGCCGUCACCUCCCCCAUCACUCAUACAGCCCAGAGUGCCCUCAAAGUUGCAGGCAAAUCUGAAGGCAAAGCUACAGACAAGGGUAAGCUGGCAGUGAAGAAUACUGGGUUACAACGCUCCUCCUCGGAUGCUGGCCGGGACCGCCUGAGUGAUGCUAAGAAACCCCCCUCAGGCAUCGCACGUCCCUCCACUUCAGGAUCCUUUGGCUACAAGAAGCCUCCUCCUGCUACAGGCACAGCCACAGUCAUGCAGACAGGUGGCUCAGCCACUCUCAGCAAGAUCCAGAAGUCCUCAGGCAUCCCUGUCAAGCCGGUAAAUGGACGCAAGACUAGCCUGGAUGUGUCCAACAGUGCAGAGCCUGGAUUCCUGGCUCCUGGAGCUCGUUCCAACAUCCAGUACCGCAGCCUGCCCAGGCCUGCUAAGUCCAGUUCUAUGAGUGUGACCGGUGGUCGGGGUGGACCUCGCCCUGUGAGCAGCAGCAUUGACCCCAGUCUCCUCAGCACAAAGCAGGGAGGUCUUACACCCUCCAGACUGAAGGAGCCUUCCAAGGUCGCCAGUGGGCGGACCACUCCAGCUCCUGUCAAUCAGACAGAUCGGGAAAAGGAAAAGGCCAAGGCUAAGGCAGUGGCCUUGGACUCAGACAACAUCUCCCUGAAGAGCAUUGGCUCCCCAGAAAGUACACCCAAGAACCAAGCAAGCCACCCUCCAGCCACCAAGUUAGCAGAGCUGCCACCAACCCCUCUCAGGGCCACAGCUAAGAGCUUUGUCAAGCCCCCCUCACUAGCCAAUCUAGACAAGGUCAACUCCAACAGUCUGGAUCUUCCAACAUCCAGCGACACCCUUGCUUCAAAGGUCCCAGAUCUGCAUGCUACCAGCUCAGCAACUGGAGGUCCUCUCCCUUCUUGCUUCACCCCCAGCCCAGCACCCAUCCUCAAUAUUAACUCAGCCAGCUUCUCCCAGGGCCUGGAGCUCAUGAGCGGUUUCAGUGUCCCCAAGGAGAGCCGCAUGUAUCCCAAACUCUCAGGCCUGCACAGGAGCAUGGAAUCCCUCCAGAUGCCAAUGAGCCUGCCCAGUGCCUUUCCCAGCAGCUCCCCAAUCCCCACCCCUCCUGCUGCCCCUGCUGCCCCCUCAGAAGAAGAGACUGAAGAGCUGACCUGGAGUGGAAGCCCCAGGGCAGGACAAUUGGACAGUAAUCAGCGGGAUCGGAAUACCCUUCCCAAGAAAGGGCUCAGGUACCAGCUUCAGUCCCAGGAGGAGACCAAGGAGAGGCGACACUCGCACACCAUCGGGGGGCUGCCGGAAUCCGAUGACCAGGCAGACCUGCCGUCCCCCCCUGCGCUCUCCAUGUCCUUGAGUGCCAAGGGCCAGCUCACCAACAUAGUUCAUGGCUCCGUGCUCUCCCUGGCCUCCAGUGCCUCCUCCACUUACUCCUCAGCUGAGGAGAGGAUGCAGUCGGAGCAAAUCCGGAAGCUUCGUAGGGAACUGGAAUCAUCCCAGGAAAAGGUGGCCACCUUGACAUCCCAACUCUCCGCCAACGCUAACUUAGUGGCUGCUUUUGAGCAGAGCCUGGUGAACAUGACAUCUCGCUUGAGACAUCUGGCAGAAACAGCGGAGGAGAAGGACACUGAGCUGCUGGAUCUACGAGAAACGAUCGACUUCCUGAAGAAAAAGAACUCUGAAGCUCAGGCGGUUAUUCAGGGGGCCCUGAAUGCCUCAGAAGCCACACCCAAAGAACUCCGGAUCAAGAGACAGAACUCCUCAGACAGCAUCUCAAGCCUCAACAGCAUCACCAGCCACUCCAGCAUCAGCAGCAGCAAGGAUGCUGAUGCCAAGAAGAAGAAGAAGAAGAGUUGGCUUCGAAGUUCUUUCAACAAAGCCUUCAGUAUAAAAAAGGGACCCAAAUCCGCAUCCUCGUACUCUGAUAUUGAGGAGAUCGCCACUCCCGACUCCUCAGCUCCUUCAUCCCCAAAGCUGCAACACGGCUCCACAGAGACCGCUUCACCCUCCCUCAAGUCCUCCACCUCAUCCUCCGUGGGCACUGAGGUCACUGAGGCCCCUGCUCAUUCAGUCCCACACACCAGGCUCUUCCAUGCUAAUGAGGAGGAGGAGCCAGAAAAGAAGGAGGUAUCUGAGCUGCGCUCUGAGCUAUGGGAGAAAGAGAUGAAACUUACAGACAUUCGCUUAGAGGCUCUCAACUCUGCCCACCAGCUGGACCAGCUUCGGGAGACCAUGCACAACAUGCAGUUGGAGGUGGACCUGCUGAAGGCAGAGAAUGACCGGCUGAAGGUCGCUCCCGGCCCCUCCUCAGGCUCCACUCCAGGGCAGGUCCCUGGAUCUUCUACUCUGUCGUCCCCUCGCCGCUCCCUAGGCCUUGCUCUCACCCAUUCCUUCAGCCCGGGUCUCACGGAUACAGACCUGUCGCCCAUGGAUGGCAUCAGCACCAGUGGCCCAAAGGAGGAAGUGACCCUUCGGGUGGUGGUACGGAUGCCCCCCCAGCACAUCAUCAAAGGGGACCUGAAGCAGCAGGAAUUCUUCUUGGGCUGUAGCAAGGUCAGCGGGAAAGUUGACUGGAAGAUGCUGGAUGAAGCUGUUUUCCAAGUGUUCCAGGAAUAUAUUUCUAAAAUGGACCCAGCUGCCACCCUGGGACUGAGCACCGAGUCCAUCCAUGGCUACAGCCUCAGCCACGUGAAGCGAGUGUUGGACGCCGAGCCCCCCGAGAUGCCUCCGUGCUGCCGAGGGGUCAGCAGCAUCUCGGUCUCCCUCAAAGGUCUGAAGGAGAAGUGCGUCGACAGCCUGGUGUUUGAGACGCUCAUCCCCAAGCCCAUGAUGCAGCACUACAUAAGCCUUCUGCUCAAGCACCGGCGCCUCAUCCUCUCGGGUCCCAGCGGUACUGGCAAGACCUACCUGACCAAUCGGCUAGCCGAGUACCUGGUGGAGCGCUCCGGCCGAGAGGUCACCGAGGGCAUCGUCAGCACCUUCAACAUGCACCAGCAGUCUUGCAAGGAUCUACAACUCUAUCUCUCGAACCUGGCCAACCAGAUAGACCGAGAAACAGGAAUCGGGGAUGUGCCCCUAGUCAUUCUCUUGGAUGAUCUGAGUGAAACAGGCUCCAUCAGUGAGCUGGUCAAUGGUGCCCUCACCUGCAAGUAUCACAAAUGUCCCUAUAUUAUAGGUACCACCAAUCAGCCUGUAAAAAUGACACCCAACCAUGGCUUGCAUUUGAGCUUCAGGAUGCUAACCUUCUCUAACAAUGUGGAGCCCGCCAAUGGCUUCCUGGUCCGUUAUCUGCGGAGGAAGUUGGUAGAGUCUGACAGCGACAUCAAUGCCAACAAGGAAGAGCUGCUCCGGGUGCUGGACUGGGUGCCCAAGCUGUGGUAUCACCUCCACACCUUCCUAGAGAAGCACAGCACCUCGGACUUCCUCAUAGGCCCUUGCUUCUUCUUAUCCUGUCCCAUUGGCAUCGAGGACUUCCGGACCUGGUUCAUUGACCUAUGGAACAACUCUAUCAUUCCCUACCUACAGGAAGGAGCCAAGGAUGGGAUCAAGGUCCAUGGACAGAAAGCUGCUUGGGAGGAUCCCGUGGAGUGGGUCCGGGACACUCUUCCUUGGCCAUCAGCUCAACAAGACCAAUCAAAGCUUUACCACCUUCCCCCACCCACCGUGGGCCCCCACAGCAUUGCCUCUCCUCCAGAAGACAGGACUGUCAAAGACAGCACCCCAGGUUCUCUAGACUCAGACCCUCUGAUGGCCAUGUUGCUGAAACUUCAAGAAGCUGCCAACUACAUUGAAUCUCCAGAUCGUGAAACCAUCCUGGACCCCAACCUCCAGGCAACUCUCUGAGAGUCUUGCAGUCUGUCACCCCAGACAGCAGAAGGCUGGCAUCAGCUUCAUUAGCUCCUCCUCUCCCCUCUUCUCUCAGAGCACUAGCUCUCCAGCCCCACAGGAGAGCAGAGGGAGGAGGAGGGCAGGCAGAAGAGCAGGUUCUUGGUGCUGCACCUUUGAGAACUUCUUAGUAGAAAUUCAUGGGGUGGAGUUUGGAAACUUGUGUCCCCUGGAUAAAUUUACUGGACUUCUCAUGAUGAUUGGGGCAAAAGAUGAAUCUAGGUCUUUUCCUUGAUUUCUUGUUUCAACUACAAACUCCUGUACUUUCUGGGGAGGGGUUCAGAAGAUAUCAAAACAAACAAAAAACUGUAGCAGUUCCUAACUGAUUCUCAGGAGCAACUCUGAGACAGUCACGUGUGGGGAAAUCUGAGGGAGGCAGGAAGUUCUGCAGACUUAUGCAGAUCCUUCCCAAGUCCAUCACCACUGCCAACAAUCUUUCCCCCAGAGAUCUGGCCCUUGCCCAGAAAAGAAGCAUGUGGUUAAAAAAAAUGUAAAUCAACCUGUAAAAGGUAAAAGGCAAUGGAAAUGAUGAAGCUGGAGAAUAGAGGCCCAGUUGCCAAGGUAGAAAAGAGAGCUGUUAGCUCUCACCUUCUAGAUGACAUCAGGGGACAUUGACAAGACAGCUGCCAAUCAAAGAAGUCACCGUACUACAAAAGUAACAUUUCAGCCUUCAGAGAAAGACUACUAGCUCUGUCUUUCUGCCCUCUAAUUUAACAUGCAUGAGAAUCAAUAAACCCUACUUUUUAAUUUUUUAA